CAAUUUUAAUUUCAUCAGAUUAAAAAUUUGUUAAAUUUUAAAAAGAUUUUCCGCGUGAUUAGGUACUUAGUGGAAAAUCUAGAAAGCUUAAAAGCGCAAGUUUCCUUUUCCCCAGUUCGAUAUAUAUCACUCUCUCUAAUAACCUCUUUUGCAGUGGAACUCUUUGAUAUCGACUACUAGUCUACUACUACUACUACUACUAGUUUCCUUUUCCGCAGAUAGGCAACCACCAUCAACCGUGUGGCCAGCAGCACCCUCAAAUCCUCGUCGUCCUUCAUAUGUGAGUAAAAUUCCCACGUUAUCCAAGGCCAAUUAGCUAGAGGAAACAAAUGGAUGGAAAAUUUCCAAUCUCUGAUGCAGAAGAGCUACAGGCCUCUGCAAUGGCUUGUUCAACAACCAUGAGUACUACUGGAUCACUCAAGAGAAAGAAAACAACCGUGAGUGAUCCUAAAUCACCCAAAAGAAAUAAAGUUGAGAAAGAAACUGGUCAAUCUUCAUGUAAGUACUUGUGUCUGAUCUGCAUGGAUGAAAAAUCUAGCGUAAAGAUGUUCAGAAACAGCAGCUGUUCUCAUUCCUUUUGCAACAAGUGCCUCAGAAAAUAUAUAGCAACAAAGAUGAAGGAAAACAUAUCAAAGGUGAAGUGUCCUGUUCUCAAAUGUAAUGGUGUACUGGAGCCGUAUCUUUGUCGUUCCAUUGUACCAGAGGAAGUGUUUGACAGAUGGGAAAAUGCACUUUGCGAAGCUUUGGUUCUCGAUGAGCAGAAAUUUUAUUGUCCCUUUAAGGACUGUUCUGCUUUGUUAGUGGAUGAUGGGGAAGAGGUUGUGACUAAGUCUGAGUGUCCGAAUUGCCACAGAUUGUUCUGUGCUCAGUGUAAAGUUUCAUGGCAUAGUGGAAUGAAAUGUAAGAAAUUUCAGAAACUAGCUAAGGAGGAAAGUGGGAGAGAAGACAAAAUGGUUAGGGAGCUUGCCAAGAAGAAGAAAUGGAAAAGAUGCCCCGGCUGCAAAAUUUAUGUGGAAAAGAGAUCUGGUUGUUUACACAUUAUUUGCAGGUGUCGGUAUGAGUUCUGCUAUGCGUGCGGAUCAAAAUGGUCUUGGACUCAUGCAUGCGAUCCAGCUUGAGUUGGCAGCUAAUUAAAAGAAAGAAGGUUUUGGAAAUUCUUCUUUAUAUUAUCAUAGUCAUCGAAAUAAGUAAACAUAGAUUUUUGUUUUUUGUUUAUCAUCGAAAUAAGUAAACAUAGAUUUUUGUUUUUUGUUUACCUUUAUUUUUUUUUUC